AUGAAUAGGUCAAUAUGGGCAGACCCGGCUCCCGAGCCAGAAACCUCACGCGACACCGAGCAAAACAAUCCCAAACCUGCUGAGGAAGCCAAACCACAACCCGCCCCAGAUGCACCUGCAGCUUCGUCAUUGUCCGCCGGCGCUUCGACUUUCGAGCCUGAUCUGAGCGCCCCGCCUCCUGAUGGCUCGACCGCGGACCUCUUCGCACAAACCGGCGCGCAGCAAGAUGAUCUUUUCGACGAUGUGGUGCCAGUGGAGUCCAUGCGGAUUCGGUCAGACGACGACCUCUUCAGCGAAGACUUCACUCCAGCGCCGCAGCCUGUAGUGGAGCGAUCGAAACCACAACCUACACGGGGGCCAAGUGACGCACCAAGAGGGAGAGGGCGUGGUGGACGAGGCAGGGGCGAAGGCCGUGGGAACCAGAAUCGAGGUGGUGGUGCUCAAAGAGAGCCCCGAGGGCAAGAUGGAGGACCAAGAGGCGGUAGAGAAGGCCAGACAUCAAGCCCGGCACAAGGUGCAGCGCCUGACAAUGCGCCUACUGGACCCCGAAAGGAGACUGUGCAGGCCGUGCGAGGUGAUCGACAGGCUACAGGAGGACUGCGAAAGCCGAAACUCACAGAGGAAGAGCUUGCGGAGAAGCUGGCUAGGAUCCAGAUCAAGAAUGCCAAUUUGACUGCCGCUCAUGCCCGCGCUGAAGCGGAUGCCGCGUCAUUCGCGGAAAGGGAACAGCAGGCGAAACAGGUCGCAAAGCUAAGAGAAAAGGAGGAGCGUAGGGAUAGGCAGCAGAUGAUGGGCGAGCGUGAGAAGAAUAGGAUGAGGAAACUCAAGGCCAUGGAGGGGCGAGAGUGGGAUGCUGAGAAGCGUGAGGAUGAUUUCAGCAGAGGUGGACGCUUCGAUAAGAAAGGAGGAUUCGCUGGCGAUCAACAAGACUACAGCGAUGGUCGGGAGUACUUGUAUCGGGAACCCAGGCAGGAGAGGGGAAGAGGUGGUGGGCGAGGUGGCCGUGGUGGAAGAACGUCUGAAUCUGCUGCUGCUCCCUGGCAAGAGGAUUUCCCUGCAUUACCUGCUUCUGACUCGAAACCGAGUGCUUCGACGACUGAGCCAUCAGAGCCGAUUUCGAAUAAACCUUCUGGAAAGUCUUGGGCGGAUCAAGUCGAGGCAGCCCCGUAA